AAUAAGUGCUUUGCGUACCCCUUCGAUGCGCGGGAGAAAGGUCCAGGCUGCGGGAAAAAUCCAGAGCGGCGCGCGGGAGGCGACUUCUCCUAGGCCGCGUCUCCCGCGACUUCUCCUAGGCCACGCGACGCUAGCAGGCAAAUAUUAUUUAGUUGAUGCUGGAUAUACAAAUGGUCCUGGUUUUCUAGCUCCGUAUAGAUCAACCCGCUAUCAUUUGAAUGAGUGGGCUACAAGUCAACAGCAGCCCCAAACUCCAAAAGAGCUAUUUAACUUGCGUCAUGCUCGUGCUAGAAAUGUGGUAGAGAGAACCUUUGGCUUGUGGAAGAAAAAAUGGGAUAUUUUGCGUGAACAAAGUUUCUUUGACAUAAUGGACCAGGUAUAAAAUACUCAUAUGAUGUGUCUUUGCUAGUUUAAUUCAGAACUUACCUAGUUUAAUUUGACAUCAUAUUAAUCUUUGCACAGAUUCGCAUUAUUAAUGCUUGUUGUGUCUUACACAACUUCGCAAGAGAGAGGCAGCAUGAGAUGGAUGAUCUAUUAUUGCAAGAAGUGGACAGUGAGAUAGCUGCUUUGCCAACCGAGCGCCAUGGCUGAACUGAAAGCAAAGAGGGGUAGUCGUACUUACCUCACAUGGACAGAUGCGAUGGAUCUAGCUCUUUUGGAAGUUCUUGUGGAGCAUCACAAUAAUGGAGACCGUGGUCAAAAUGGUUGGAAGCCACAUGUCUACAAUGCUGCCAUAAGAAAUGUGAAGGAUAAGUGCAAUGUGGAUAUCACAAAGGAUAAUAUUUCCGCAAGGUGCAAGACCUUUGAUAAGCACUAUGAAAUCAUUAGCAAGAUACUAUCGCAGAGUGGCUUUGGGUGGGAUUGGGAGAACAAUAGACUUUCUAUGGACAGCGAAGAUGUUUGGUUUAGAUAUGUGGAGGCUAACAAAGGAGCAGCAUGCUACAAGACAAAAGUGGUGAAGAACUGGGAUGCAAUCUACACUAUAUACUCCAAAGACCAUGCCAAUGGUGAAGGUGCCAAGACAGGGACUGAAAGUGGUCAAGAUGUGGUGAAUGACAGUCCUACAAAUGCCAAUGAAAACUCUCCGGUGUUAGCUCCAAAGAAGCAGCGAACUGGUGAUGCAAUUAUGGGUGUACUUACUGAUAUGAAAGCUUCAUUUCAAGAGGCUAUGCAGUCCAAUGCACCUUUAGAAUUGCCAAAGAAGACGGCUCCGUCUAAGAUCCUUGCAGCGCUUCAAGAAAUUCCUGAUUUACCUCGUGAAGACAUGCUACGAUCUUAUGGUAUGCUGCUAAGCCGUGAUGAUCGCAUAUUUGAAGCUCUUAUGGAGCUCCCAAUGGAAAUGAGGAAAGAUUGGCUGCUGUUUGAGAAUGAGAGGAAGUGAAGUAUGUGGAGACAACAUAGUCUUUUGCUACUUCAGGAUGCUAGUUAAAACUUGUUCUCCUAGUUAGUUAGUGGAGAAAGACUUUGCUUUUGCUACAAUGUAGUAGUUAAGAACUUGUUGAAAUAUUAACUAGUUAUCGUCAUGUUGUAUUGUCACAGGUAUUGUAGUAUUUAUUUGUGAUUUGAGUGAUCUGAAUGUUCA